GUUUUAUGUUGUUUAUUGUUACUUGUUAUUUGCUCCUGAUAAUCUUUAACAACAAAGAAAAAUACGAAAAUUACAUACGUACAACAAUCAUUUGACGUGAUAAUGUAAAUAAGUCUAUGUCAAAUGUCAAGAAGCUGUCAAGUGUCAAUCAUAUGGGUGUAAAGACUGUGGUCGUGGGUCGUGGCCUUCUAUGGUCAUUUGAAAUGUGUCUGUGAUUCUGUGAUUUUGGCGCUUAACUUUUUGUGGAUGUGAUGUUGUUUUUCUCUAAUUUGUAACCUUUUCUAGAACUCUUGUACUUUUUAUAUAACUUAUACCCCUUCACACGGACAUAAUGGUUCUGCUGGACGAACAACGUGUAAAUCUUCCUUGGGUUGAAAAGUAUAGACCUAGCAAACUAGAUGAACUUGUGUCUCAUGAGGACAUUAUUAAGACUAUAAACAGAUUUAUCAAGGAAGAUCAGUUCCCACAUUUAUUAUUCUAUGGCCCACCAGGAACAGGAAAGACAAGUACAAUUUUAGCUUGUGCCAGACAACUUUACACCCCUGCACAGUUUUCAUCCAUGGUGCUUGAACUUAAUGCAUCUGAUGACAGAGGCAUUGGAAUAGUGAGAGGCCAAAUCUUAACAUUUGCCAGUACCCGUACAAUUUUUAAAUCAGGAUUCAAAAUAAUUAUUCUAGAUGAAGCUGAUGCAAUGACGAUGGAUGCACAAAAUGCUCUUCGUAGGAUUAUCGAAAAAUACACAGAAAACAUUAGGUUUUGUAUAAUUUGCAACUAUAUGAGUAAGAUAAUCCCAGCCUUACAAUCUCGUUGCACGCGAUUCAGGUUUGGUCCUCUAUCUCCGGAACAGAUUAUGCCACGCUUGGAAUAUGUCGUGGAGAAGGAAGGAGUGAAAAUUACGGAAGAUGGCAAAAAGGCGCUGUUAACUUUAGCUAAUGGUGAUAUGAGAAAAGUAUUAAAUGUCUUACAGAGUACGUGGUUAGCCUAUAAGUAUGUAAACGAAGAUAAUGUCUACACUUGUGUGGGUCAUCCAUUAAGGAAAGAUAUCGAAAAUAUAUUCAAGUGGCUUUUGAAUUCUGAUUUUGAAACUACGUAUAAACAUAUAAAGGAACUGAAGAUGCUCAAAGGUCUGGCUCUGAAUGAUAUCCUCACGGAAAUUCAUGAUUAUGUUCAUAGGGCUGAGUUUCCAUUCGAUGUGCUGAUCGAUCUCUCUGAGAAAAUAGCUGACAUUGAGCUGAGAUUAUGCGCAGGAGCUGAUGAGAAUAUUCAACUGACGGCGCUAAUAGCUGCUUUCCAACAAGUGAAGGAAAUAAAACCACCUGAAUAGUAUUUUAUUUUAUAUUUAUUAAUUUUAUACUAUGCAUAAUGUUAUUACGAUUAAUAUACAACCCAAGCAUCGUUGUGAGGAUAAAUGACAAUCGUAAAACAUGUAAAGAAGGGUGGAAUAUAGAUAUCCACCGAUAUAAGAUUUUUGCCGAUAUCGAUAAUCAACCCAUACAUAUAUAUCACAAGGCCAAUAUAUCAGUGUUAUCGUCUCUUUUCGUAUAUAAUUGAGUAUCAUUCUUCAAUAAGAAUAAACCAUUAGGGGCGUAAGAAUUGGACAAACGUACAACCGCGUUUGACGCAGUGUACAUGCGGUUUGAAUAAGUAGUCAUACGGAGAAACCCAUUCUGGAUAACUGAGUUCAUGAAACAAGGUGCAUUUGGACAUGCGUACAUAGAAAACUCUUUUCCACCAAUCAUGUCGGAGAUACGGAUAUUGAUGAUGACAAAAGUUUUGGGUCCACCCAUUGAUCAGAGAUCGGCAACACUGCACUCAUGACGUCAGCCUUAUCCUAUCAAAUUUUAGAAUUCUUCAAUUCCAUCAAAUUGAAUUGAAAUUCGAAAUGACGUACGAGAUGUGGAGUUGCAGAAAACCAUUUUACCAAGUUUCGUAAAACGGUUUUUCCAAAUAGGAGUUCAUAAAAUGCAGUGCUCAUUGUUCCGAGUUAUCUUAUCCACCUGUCGCAAGCAACUGCACUUUUACGUUUCAUGACAUCGGUUUCUCCAAUGUGCAUGGCACCUUACAUGAUCUGUUUUGGUUUCAUCAAGUUUGAUACUGUACGAAAAUAUAAAUGCGGUAAAUAGCUCGAUCUAAAUAUUUAGGCAAUUCGUGUGUGUAUGUAUGUAAAAUAUCUAACUCAAAAGAGAUAUCUGAAAUAAUAAUUAUUAUUAUAUUUCCAUGUAUUGCGGUAUAUGCUCAACUCAAUACCAAGUUAAGAAAGACAUUAACUUUGAAAUAUGUACCAGUCAGCCUAUACAGGCCGAUUCAGUUAUCUGCAAAUUAGGACGAUAUUGAGAUCGGUAUCGGUCGAUCCCUAGUCGGGUUACACGCCGAGUCUGCGCUAGACGGUUAGCAUCAAAUAAACGUUGUCAUUUACACUACCUAUACACGGUGUUUCACGCACUGUUACGAAAGAAGUUGAUUUCUCAAAAAAAUAAAAAAAACAAAAACGGCAUAAUAUAAUAAAAUAAUACAGCUUAGCAGUUCACUUACUUAUAAAAGCUGUUCAAAAUUGUUUCCAUUGACUGCAAUGCAAGCUUGGGCGUGUCUAAUCCAAUUUCGGCGCACUAAUUCUAAUACACCUCCUGCUGUAACUGAAGGCUUAAAUUCUCGGCAGCCACAGUGAUUCGGUCACGCAAUUCUUCAAUAUUCUGAACUGGAGUACGGUAUACCUCGUUUUUCAAGUAUGUAUCCCCAUAAAAAGAAGUCCAGAAGACCGUGGAGGCCAUGCAAUUGGUCCACCCCUUCCGAUCCAGCGUAUCUGGUAUACCUGAUUCACAAGAUCACAAACUUCUAAACGAAAAUGCGGAGGUGCCCCAUCGUGCAGAAAGCACAUCCGUGCACGGACCGCCAAUGGCACAUCUUCAAGAAGGACCGGAAAAUCAUUCCGAAGAAAUUCCAAAUACUGUUGACCAUCCAUCCGAUCUGACAAUAUGAACGGUCCAAUUAGACUUUCAUCAACAAUACCUGUCCACACGUUUAAAGAAAAACGAUGUUGGGAGUGUGUCUGGACUACUGCGUGAGAAUUCUCAAAGGACCAAACGUGUGUAUUAUGAAGAUUGGUUAUCCCAUUACGAGUAAAAAUAGCUUCAUCGGUAGCCAAAAUAUCAGCUGUAAAACGAGCAUUUCGAGCAUUUUCUUGCAACAACCACUCACAAAAUCUUAGUCUUAGGGGGUAGUCUGUAGGUAGCAACACCUGGACUCUCUGGACGUGAUAAGGGUAUACAGUUGGGCCUCAUGUAAUAUGCACCACGCUGUUGCAUGUGACACUUCUGGGAUCUGUUGGGCUAACUGCCUUGUGCUUAUUUCCGGAUUUUCUUCCACAAUAUCCAAAAUUUCGUCUGCGGCAUUUAAAACACGUUCUGGGCGAACCCGACCCCCAUCCACUCCACGUCUGGGGCGCAAAACCACGUGCACGUAAAACAAUCGAACUAAAUGUUUCGUCAUGUGGUAUGUGCCUAUUCGGAAAUCGGUGUGCAUACAAACGAGAAGCCUUUCCCGAAUUUUGCCCUGCUUCUCCGUACGCUAAAACAAUGUACACUGACUCCUCAUUAGUGUACACAUGUGCCAUUUUUAUUAAUAAAUAACUAAAAACAAAAACUCGCAAAAUACUUUCUUAUUUAACUUCACAAAAAUCAACCGUUCUUCAUACAGAUCACCAAGGAUACAGAUUAAACUUUAUUUACUCAUUCUUAUCAGUAUGAAAAAACUAAAAAUUCCUGGUAUUUUGUUUUCGUCAGUUGUUUUUGGUACAACAUUUGCUACAGUAAAUUAUUAAUACGUGCUCUAAUAUCACGACGAUGAACGAAAAAUGCAGAUAUUUAUUUUUCAAUUUAUUGUUGAAACUCAGGUUUAUAACUCAAUCUCUGUAGGACUUUUAUUACAUUUUUUUUGGGAAAUCAACUUCUUUUGUAACAGUGCAUAUGUGGUUCAAAUUUGUCGGAUAAGUUGUGAAAUACCCUGUAUAUUCUUGAGUAGUAUAGGAAUCGUUCGUGCUAAUAUAUUUUGAAGAUGUCCUGCUUUUGCGUUAUCUACAAUUCAGCAAAAUAUUUUUGAUGUUCGUAAUGAAACAAUUUAAAUUAUUAUAUUCAUUUUUUAUUAACACACAUUAAUAACAAUCUGUGUAAACUAUUAUUGCUAUAUUCUAUCAACUAUACAUAAAUAUUCUUUUUGAUAAGUUUUCUUACUGCAUGCAAACCUUGCUAAAUAACUUAGAUCCAGCUGAAUU